AUGGCCAAUUACGGAAUAGCGCAACUUGGCAUUGGCUGCGCCACGAGGGUGAAGGUCUUGACCUUGAGCGUGCGUCCAGGCCUUCCAAACCUUCCAAACUUCCUUCUGGUGUCUAAUCUUCUUGCAGGAUGGGAGGAGGCCAGUCUGCCUGGGGCAUCGGCCUACUCGUAUGCCGCUUCAGACGUCUUCAACAACCCAGGAGCACCAGCAGGUGAUGCCGGUCGCUUUCCUCCAACAGGACCUCGUUAUGAAGCAUCGAGAGACUAUGCACCGAGAGCUCAACCUGGCACGCCAGCAGCACUACAGCCCUUUUCCAACGGUCAACUUGCUCGAGGUGCUCCGUUCGGCAGACAGGGCACAGCAAUCAGACCUCCGGUGACCAAAAGUGCGGUACAACUUCGUUUCGAAAGUGGCCAGCCCGCAGAUGGAGAACAUCAACUUGCAUCAACCUGGCGAGCCCACCAAACGACCGCUUUGAGGAGUGACCGAGGAAGUCAGCCGCAUCCGAUACAGACGCUGCAAGACAUCAUGUUCAAAUGCGGCACCUACAUCAGGAAGCCAGAUGAUCAGGAUCAGAGGCUCUUCAUCUGGGGAGCGCCGCAGCAGAUUGCCGAUACCAAGGCAGCACUUGCAAAUUGGGAAGAGAGCGUUCGUACCUCCGCAGAUGCCUCCAAGAACCAGAGUUGGUUCAGAUCCAGUGCCCUUGACGGUCGUGCAGAACACCGUCUUGAGCGCCAGAGCAAGCAGAGGGCAUUUGACGAUCUUUUGAGGCAGGUGUCGCUCGACUACUCCUAUGAAGCUGCUUUCGUAUGGCCCAAAGAGCUGGACAUUGAGGACUUCGCAAACUACCACGCCGACGUUCUGGAUCAACUCAGAAGCACCUACCACUGUCGCGUUGGCUUCCAGUCGGAGGGUGCGCAGACCAUCGUCAUCGGCGCCAAUUCGGAGAGAGAUGUCGUCAAUAUCAUGAAUCGAGUGUUAAACUUGAUCAAGGAGAUUGUUUCCCGCCGCGACCACCUUGUCACCGUCAACUUGGUACAUCCUCCUCACCACUCAAUCUACAGAGAUCGUGUUGGUCUUCAGGACCGGGAUCCCCUCACCGACUCGUAUCUCCCAACCCUGCACGGCAUGCCCGCCCCGGACGAAGUCAAGUGGGUGAAGGAACGACGCCGGACGCACAUCAACAAUCGCAAGAAGAUCAAGAAGACGAUUGACGCAUCCAUCAAGCGGCUCCGAAUCUCACAACAGCACGUCCGCAUGCGGGUCGUCUUUGGAGAGCUAGGCUUCAAAUUGUUCCAGAGACCGUCCGAUGGUUCUGGCACAUACUCAUUCGAUGACUUCUUUUCCAUGGUCACCAAAGGCCGCACCAAGCUCAGCAUGAACAGUAUCCCUGUCCGACAAGGUGACAUCACAGAACUGCCGGAUGUUCUUGACUCGAUGGAUGCUUUUCAUAACGGCACGGAAUUCUACGGGGCUUUCUUUGAUUUUCCCGCAACCAACAGUAGUGCAACUCUCCGGUUGGAGACCCUGAUCAAACCUGUUGGCGAGGAGGACUACGAGUUCUUGGAGCGUCGCUGGGUCGAGUUUGGCGACACGGUGUCUCGACUCCAAGUCAGUCUCUUCAACUUUGAGCGGCCAGAUUACCAAAUCACCAUCGACGCUUUCCCGAUGCAUUCCAACAAGCAGAUCAAGGGUCAGAUGAUGGCGCAGUUCCAGAACGACAUCACCUUCAAGCGUCCGCCAGAUGGUAUCAAGGCACCCCCACACAGACGUGUCAAAUAUCCUCCAGGUCAAAAGGGACUGAAAACCGUAUCGGAGCUCACUGUCAAGAAGUGGAGAUUCAAAGACACCGAUGGCUUUUUCGAACUUCGUCGAAAGGAGCUUUACGACGAGAGACAGGUCCAGUACUCUUCAAGCCCGGUUGAGACCCGCUGGCACGCCCUGUACUACUACCCCGAAUGGGACAACCUGAUGGGCGAGUUCGGCACGCUCAAGCCAGGCGAGGAUGUGAGCUGGCCAAUUUCGGUCGCCACCUUCUUCCCCGAAAGCGGCGUCGCCGAUGGCAGGGCUCUCCCCCAAGGUUUCAAGAACUUCAUCAACGAGGUAGAGGAGAUCCAGGACUUGUUGGCCGAAGCCAUCGCCCAGGUUGCCAAACGUGGACAGGACGACGUGGACAUGAAUGCAAAUGCAAAUGCGAACGUGAAUGGAAAUGCAAAUGCAAAUGCGAACGUGAAUGGCCAGGCUCAGAGUGCCUAG